AGAAAAAAGUUUACCGAAAGUCAUUAUUCGUUAACAUCCGCCAAAGCAUGGAUUAUGGCAGUCCGGCAGAUUAUCACCGUCAAUCAUCAGCGUCGGACAUGUUCAACCGUUUGAUGAGUUCCGGAUAUCCAAUCGCAUCCCGGGAGUUUACCAGCCGCCGAAGUACGAUUUAUCAAGUUCCCCGUUUUCAAAACAACUUCGUGCUGGAAUCGAGUCGCCCCUUCCGCCGAGAGGAGGUCCAGACGAUGCUGAACCGGUUUAUGGAGUACUUUUUGUCCAGCUACAAGCACAACCCGAAGCGCGCCAAACGGAUGGCCGAGAAUCUGGCCGUUGAGCUGCGGAACAUGCUGAAAGGGCGCGCUUACGAGCGGUACCGGAUUGUCGCGUUGGCCACGAUCGGGGACAAAACUUCGCAGGACUUUCACGCUGGAAUGCGCUUUGUCUGGGACGCGGAAAAGGACGCUUACGUGAACUAUGCCCACGAAGCUCCGGCCUAUUUUAUCAUUGUCACUGUUUUUGGGGUGUACUUUGAGUAGUUUGUUCCAAAUACAAAA